GGACACACCUAAACUGUCUCUAUCACUAGUGGAGAAGAAGGACACGGCUGGAGGGGAAAGACAAUAGAGCUGGAGUUUGUCAUUCGUUAACUUCUGGAUGUGCACCGAGCUACUGUCACUUCAACUCAUAGAGGUCGUGGGCCUGUAAAAAAUGUUUGGAUUUCUGAACAAGCGUAUCCAGGACUGUCUGACAGCACGGAAAAGCCGCAGGACCAGACUGGUGACCAAAGAUGGUCGCUGCAACAUUGAGUACGGAAACAUCAAGUACAGCAAGCACUUUGCCUUCCUGGCUGACUUCUGGACCACCUUUGUUGAGAUCCGGUGGCGUUUUGUAAUCUUCCUCUUCAUCGCCUCUUUCACCCUCAGCUGGUUCAUUUUUGGCCUGCUGUGGUACUGGAUUGCCCGCAGUAAUGGAGACCUAACGUGGCAAAACCCCCAAUCAGACCACACUCCAUGUGUUGAUAAUGUUGUUGGACUCACCACAGCGUUCCUCUACUCCCUUGAAACCCAGACAACUAUUGGGUACGGUGGCCGAGCGCUUACCCCUCUCUGCCCAGGUGCUGUGGCCCUUCUUAUCAUCCAGUCCCUCCUUGGAGCCAUUAUCAACUGCUUCAUGUGUGGAGUCGUCCUGUCCAAAAUCUCCUUACCCAAAAAGAGGGCGAAGACCAUCACAUUUAGUGAUAUGGCCGUCAUCAGUCCCAAAAAUGGCUCUCUUUGCCUUUCAAUCAGAGUGGCCAACCUGCGCAAGACCCUGAUGAUUGGAAGCCAGAUCUAUGGAAAGCUGCUGAGGACAACAAACACACCAGAUGGGGAGACGAUUAUCAUGGACCAGGUGAACAUUGACUUCAUGGUGGAUGCUGGCAAGGAUAACCUCUUCUUUGUAUGUCCUCUCACACUCUUCCACGUCAUCGACAAGAGCAGCCCCUUCUUUGAGAUGGCAGUGGACACGCUCCACAAACAAGAGUUCGAGCUGGUCGUCUUCCUGGACGGCACCGCAGAGUCCACCAGCUCCGCCUGCCAAGUCCGGACCUCCUUUAUUCCCCAGGAGGUCAUGUGGGGCUACAACUUCUUGCCCAUCAUUUCCAGAAGCAAGGAGGGCAAGUACAGAGUAGACUUCUCCAACUUCUCCAAGGUGGUGCCAGUGGCUACUGCGCACUGUGCCUACUGUUUCCACAACAUCAAGGGUCAUCAUCACCACUCCAGAGACGGACAUGACAACCAGGGCUUUGAGGUGAUUGAUAUCAAUGAUCCCCCAAAUGUCACCAAGAUGUGAGAGGAUGGGUGAAUGUCAUGAACAUUAGAAACUGAGGCUGGUGGAGGCUCACACCUCUCACUGAUGAACUUCUCAAGGCUCUAAUGAACAAACAGGUGUUGGAGGCGUGUGGUGUUACGCAGCACACUAUGUAGCAUUUAAAUAUGAAGUAAAGAAAACCUGCUAACUUGUAUUCCAUUGUGUUGAACACAGAUAAGAAAGCCGUCUAUAGGUCAGGACACUUACUGUGACCCAUUUUUAUGUAAAACCACACCCGUCACUGUCUGCUGACCCAAAACCUGUUUUCAAACGGGAAGCCAGGUCAUUCAAGACGGUGACUCAAAGGAAAGGUUUCCCAAUUGUUCACACAUGAUAUAUACGUAUGAGCUCUCGCUUUAACUGAAGAUGGGUGGUUGUAAUUUACCUUUUGCCUUGCACAUUAGGUUUACCACGUACGGAGAGGGAGGAAAAAAAAGCAAUUGCAUUAUAUUGUGUGUCUUGUAAUUACUUGAAGGACCAGUGUUGGGGGGGCAUGCUAUUGUCAUGGGUGAGAAAAAGAUAGAACUGGUUAUUCAAUUAUUCAUUGUACUGUAUGCUGCUGUAAACAAAGAAACACUUGGAACUGAACCAUCAGAGCAUGCUACUCAGACUCUGAGGUACUAGCGAAGGUCGGAUUCAGGGGCCACUCUUUUCAAACGGUGUUUGAUAUAGUUGUGGCUUUCUUCUGGAGUUGGGACAUUGUGAGAGAACAAAGCUCUCAGGAAACACUUAAUACAUGGCUGCAUACUGCACUGACGCCAGUGUGACAAUCAGCUCUGUUUGUUAAGUCUUUUUUGUAUUUGAUCUCAGGGGAAAAAUACACUUAAAUAAAGGCUAUUUUUGCAUUCAAAAAAUGUCUGUGUCACCGUCUUACUCUGCGUCGAACUGAACCGGAACGUCACAUAAGGCCUGUGAUCAAAAAAGGUCAAAGCGGCGUAAUGACAGGUGCCAACCCCUAUCACGGCUUUUCGUCCGUAAACAAAGUGAAGUUGUGACAGCAAACAGGGAUCCGAGCAGAACAGAGUGGAAGAUAAGAGCUGUUGCUUACUGCCCAUUAUUUUGCCUGCAGGUUCUGAACAUGAAACCAGAACUCUCCAUUUAGAGACAUAACAGCACACGCUGUCUGCUAGCAUGGAGCUUCAACAGGUUUUGUUACCACUACAACCGCUCCGAUGAACUGCAUAUGCUUAGACUGUCAUGCAUGUGUCUGCACCCAGGGACAUACAGCAAGUGACAGAGUAAUAAGAAGGACAAGGUGUGUUAUUGACAA